AACCAGACUUGCCCAGAAACUCUCUAGGCUUAUGUACAUUGUUCUUCUCUUGGUCUACAUGAUUUCUUCUCUUUUCUCAGCGCAAGCUGGCCAUCUUUGAUAAAGCUAGGUGGCAAAAGGGUUAUAUUCCUGAGAAAAUGGAAUCUAAAGCUGAAAUCUAAGUGGGAAGAGGAAAUGGAUAGUAUGGGCAGUAGUUUUCUGGCUCUGCAACCUCAUGAUCAUUCCUUAGGAAAAAAAAAACCCUCCCCUACUUGUCCUACAUAUUUAUGCCAUAAAAUAGAGCUGUUGAGAAAUGGGGAUCAAGAGUGACUGUGGCUCUGGAGAAGAGCAGAAAAGAGAAUUGAAGCAAUAGGACACAGAGCAAGACUUGAAAUGGGAAGGUGUUUAGUAUCAAUAGGUUUGGGAAUGAUUAUCAGCCUAACACAAAAAGAGGUCACACAUUUUGCUAAAUUAAUGAACAGAAAUGCAGAAGAGUCACUAAUAGAAUUCUUGCUUGUUUUCUCUGUUAUUACUCCCAACAGAUUACGGUUUUUAAAUUUAUUACCCUUGGAAAAGUCCCACAGCCCUCUCCCUUUUUUCAUUAACAAUGGCUGCUGUUUGCACCAGUUUUUUGCUGUUUUCAGCAGGGGUUGAAGUUGGGGUGGGGGAAGCUUUGUGUGGGGUUGAGUGUGUGUUGUUUUAAAAGGAGGAGGAGCUGUGUAUGUGGGGUAAGUAAAGUAGCCUGGAAAGGCAACAGCAAAUAUCAUAGGAACUGAAUUUAAACUCUAAAUCCCAUUUGAUGUUCACAAAAUGUGAACCCCAUUGUAUUAUCCCCAUUUUAGAAAUAAGGUAACUAAUAUUCUAAAAGAUUAUGUGGUAUUCUCACUUAGCUAUACAAAGACAAAAGUUGGAUUUGGAUGCACUUUUUUCAAACUCCUAAGCAAGCAUUUUAUACAAUGGAUUGUACUGAAGAAACUAUUACCCUUCGUGUUAUCCAUUCAAUUUUGUUCUCUGAAAAGCUGGUGAAUAAUUGCAUCAAACCUGAUUUUGCUGUUAAUCCUGUGGGUAUGCUCAACUAUUGCUUCAUUCAAGCUUAAGCACAUUGUUAGACACAAGCAAGAAAGUUCUCUCCAUUUUACAGAUAAGUGGGGUCAUGCAACAACUCCAGAGUCACACAAAUUGCCCCUAGAGAAUGGGUAGUUGGGCCUUCUUUCUCUUCUCCAUAUUCAGCAGAUGGGGAUGUUUUGCCUGUAGUGAAAGGGUGGUCUGGAGACCAUUUAUGUGCCCAAAAGUGAUAUAUUGGUAAAGCACAGAACUGGGAUUUAGAAAGUUAUAAACUCUAUUUUUUAUGACCUUGGACAAGUUACUGCUCUUGAGAAAAUCUGAAAACAAGUUAAAAUAUAAGCUCCCUAAAUUCCAUCUUUUCUCAAAAGCUUUGGUUCUCUUCAUAAUUCAAGAGGCAGUAAGAUAAAAAAGUAGAAACCUCCUAUUGUGAUAAAUUUGCUGGUGGUGGCUCUAACAAUACAAAUAACCAUAGACUAGUGCUUGUGUCAUGGAAGGAACUGACUUUGUCUGUGCCCACAGCCAGUCAUGACCACCAUAAUUCUGGAAGUAGAUAAUCGUACAGUGACAACACAUUUCAUUCUUCUGGGGUUUCCAACACGACCAGCCUUCCAGCUUCUCUUUUUCUCCAUUUUCCUGGCAAUCUAUCUGCUGACACUGCUGGAGAAUCUUCUUAUCAUCUUAGCUAUCCACAGUGAUGGGCAGCUGCAUAAGCCCAUGUACUUCUUCUUGAGCCACCUCUCCUUCCUGGAGAUGUGGUAUGUCACAGUCAUCAGCCCCAAGAUGCUUGUUGACUUCCUCAGUCAUGACAAGAGUAUUUCCUUCAAUGGCUGCAUGACUCAACUUUACUUUUUUGUGACCUUUGUUUGCACUGAGUACAUCCUUCUUGCUAUCAUGGCCUUUGACCGCUUUGUGGCCAUUUGUAAUCCACUACGCUACCCAGUCAUCAUGACCAACCAGCUCUGUGGCACACUGGGUGGAGGAUGCUGGUUCUGUGGACUCAUGACUGCCAUGAUUAAGAUGGUUUUUAUAGCGCAACUUCACUACUGUGGCACGCCUCAGAUCAAUCACUACUUUUGUGAUAUCUCUCCACUCCUUAACGUCUCCUGUGAGGGUGCCUCACAGGCUGAGCUGGUGGACUUCUUCUUGGCCCUCAUGGUCAUUGCUAUUCCUCUUUGUGUUGUGGUGGCAUCCUACGCUGCUAUCCUUGCCACCAUCCUCAGGAUCCCUUCUGCUCAGGGCCGCCAAAAGGCAUUCUCCACCUGUGCCUCCCACCUGACCGUCGUAAUUCUCUUCUAUUCCACGACACUUUUCACCUAUGCCCGUCCCAAACUCAUGUAUGCCUACAAUUCCAACAAAGUGGUAUCUGUUCUCUACACUGUCAUUGUUCCACUCCUCAACCCCAUCAUUUACUGUCUGAGGAACCAUGAAGUAAAGGCAGCCCUCAGAAAGACCACACAUUGCAGAGGAAGUGGGCCCCAGGGAAAUGGGGCUUUCAGUAGUUAAAAAAUGUAUAGAUUCCUUUCAGGCUUGAACUGAGAGAUGAUCACUACACACUUUCCCCCUCAGUCUUGUCUUUGGUUAUCCCCCAAUCUCCAGUACUGUAACACUGCUCUCCUCUGUGUGUGUGUGCAUGUGUGUGUGUGUGUAUACACAAUCAUGACUGGAGAAACAUGUUCUCAUUAAGUAACCUCUGGUAUCAGGCUGAGAGACAAGUUUUAGAAUGUUAGAAAAGCUAUUUGAAAUCAGGAAGAAAGACAGAGAGAGAGACAGAGAGAGUGGGUGGUAGGAGGGAGGAAAGGAGGAAGAUGAAUAUUUUUUCCACACAACUUAUCAAAAUAAAUGUCAUACAGGACAAACAAUUAAAUAUAAAGAAUAAAACCAUCGUUCAUCUCUCAGGUGGUUAGAAAAGGGUUUUUAAACACUCUAUAUUGUAGAAGUAAAAGAAAAAGUUCAACAUAAAUUAAUGCCUGUUAGGCACAGUGGCACAUACCUGUAAUCCCAGCUACUCAAGAGACUGAGGCAGGAGGAUCCCCUGAGUCCAGAAACUUGGGCCCAGCCUGGUCAACAUAGGGAGUCCCCAUCCACUUCCCUCCAAAUAACAGAAAUGACUAAUUUGUUAAGACGUUUAAAAACAAAAGAUUAAAUUUAUACCAAAUAACAUAGUGAAAACUAUUACUAAUUUUUAUUAUUAAUGUUAUAAUAACAUAUACCAACCUUAAAUAUUAAAAAACACUUUAAAAUAAACUUAUAAAAAUUAAACUCUCAAUGGAAAAACAAGUUAAGUAUAUAAACAUAAUUUUAAAAGUAGGUAGUUGUUAUGGGCAAAGUUAUGUCCCACUCCUCCCUCCCUCCAAAAAAGUAUGUUGUCCUAACCCCAGUCUCUCAGAAUGUGACCAUAUUUGAAAGUAGGGUUUUUAUAGUGGUAAUCGAGCUAAAAUUUGACUGCUAGGGUGGGCCCUAAGACAAUAUGACUGGUGUCAUUAUAAAAAGGAAAAAUUUGGACACAGACACACACAGAGGAAAGACAAUGUGCACACACACAGGGCAGAGAGCAACCAUGUUUCCGCAGUAAUGCAUCUAUAAGCUAAGGAAGAAGUAUUGCUGGCAAACACCAGAAGCUAGAAGCAGCAAGGAAGGAUGUUACCCUAGAGCUGAAAGAGAGAGAGAAAGUAUGGCCCUCCCAAGUACUUUAUUUGUGAUUCCUAACAUCAAAAAUACUGAGACAGUAUUUGGUACUUUGUAAUGGCAGCCCUAGGAAACUAAUACUGGAGCCAAUAAACCUCAGUAAUUUUCAGAAAGAUAUUAAAACACAAAAAUUGACAAAUGGGAUGUAAUUAAACUAACAAGCUUCUGCACAGCAAAAGAAAUUAUCAACAGUGUGAACAAACAACCUACAGAAUGAAAACAUUUUUGGCAAACCAUACAACUGACAAAGGUCUAAUAUUCAGCAUCUAUAAGGAACUUAAACAUAUUUACAAGAUGAAAACAAACAACUCCAUUUAAAAGUGGGCAAAGGAUGUGAACAGACACUUUUCAAAAGAAAACAUACAUGCAGCCAACAAUCAUAUGAAAAAAAGGCUCACUGAUCAUUAGAGAAAUGAAAAUCAAAACCACAAUGAGUGGUUUUAUUUUAUUUUAUUUUAUUAUUAUUAUACUUUAAGUUUUAGGGUACAUGUGCACAACAUGCAGGUUUGUUACAUAUGUAUACAUGUGCCAUGUUGGUGUGCUGCACCCAUUAACUCGUCAUUUAGCAUUAGGUAUAUCUCCUAAUGCAAUCCCACCCCCCUCCCCCCACCCCACAACAGUCCCCAGAGUGUGAUGUUCCCCUUCCUGUGUCCAUAAUAAUAGCCAUUCUAACUGGUGUGAAGUAACGUCUCAUUUUGUUACCAUCUAACAACACUCCGAAUGGCUAUUACUAAAAUGUAAAAAAAUAACAGACGCUGGUGAGGUUGUGGAGAAAAAGGAACACUUAUUCAAUGUUGGUGGGAGUUUAUAUUAGUUCAAUCUAUGUAAAAGACAGUGUAACAAUUCCUCAAAGACCUAAAAACAGAAAUACCGUUUGACCCAGCAAUCCCAUUACUGGGUAUAUACCUAAAGGAAUAUAAAUCAUUCUACUAUAAAGACACAUGCACAUGUAUAUUUAUUGCAGCACUAUUUACAAUAGCGAAGACAUGGAACCAACCACAAUGCCCAUCAAUAAUAGACUGGAUAAAGAAAAUGUGCUACAUAUACGCCAUGAAAUACUAUGCAUCCACACACAAAAAAAUUAGAUCAUGUCCUUUCCGGGAACAUGGAUGGGACUGGAGGCCAUCACCUUUAGCAAACUAAUGCAAGAACAGAAAACCAAAUACCACAUAUCCUCACUUGUAAGUAGGAGCUAAAUGAUGAGAACUCUUGGACACACAGUAGGGAACACAGUAGGGGCCCAUUAGAGGGUGCAGGGUGGGAGGAGGUAGAGGAUCAGGAGAAAUAACCAAUGGGUAAUAGGCUUGAUACCUGGGUGACAAAAUAAUCUGUACAACAAACCCCCAUAAUACAAGAUUACCUAUAUAAUAAACCUACACAUGUACCCCUGAACUUAAAAU